AUGAUUAUUCCAAUACGUUGCUUCUCCUGCGGUAAAGUAGUAGGUGAUAAAUGGGAGACUUAUUUAGAAUUGUUACAAGAUGAAUCGAUGCCUGAAGGUGAAGCUUUAGAUAAACUACAAUUGAAAAGGUAUUGCUGCAGAAGAAUGGUUUUAACUCAUGUUGAUUUGAUUGAAAAAUUCUUGAGAUACAAUCCUUUGGAAAAGAAAGAGAUAAAUUAA